CGGCGGGCGGGGGGAGCGCGUGUCACGUGAGCGGCGGGCGGGUCACGUGAGGCGCCGCCGGUGCGGAGGGAGCCGGCCGCCGUCGCCAUGUCGUGCUUCCCGGAGCUGCACUUCAACGUGGACAACGGCUACCUGGAGGGGCUGGUGCGCGGCUUCAAGGCGGGCGUGCUCCGCCAGGGCGACUACGUGAACCUCGUGCAGUGCGAGAGCCUCGAGGACUUGAAACUGCACCUGCAGAGCACAGACUAUGGGAAUUUCCUGGCCAAUGAAGCCUCCCCCCUCACCGUGUCUGUCAUAGAUGAUAAGCUGAAAGAGAAGAUGGUGGUGGAGUUCCGUCAUAUGAGGAACCACGCAUACGAGCCACUAGCAAGUUUUCUGGACUUUAUCACGUACAGCUACAUGAUUGACAACGUCAUUCUGCUGAUCACUGGGACUCUGCACCAACGUUCAAUUUCUGAGCUGGUGCCAAAGUGCCAUCCUCUGGGAAGCUUUGAGCAGAUGGAAGCCGUGAACAUUGCUCAAACACCUGCAGAGCUGUACAAUGCGAUCCUGGUGGACACGCCUCUGGCUGCCUUCUUCCAAGACUGCAUAUCUGAACAGGACCUUGAUGAAAUGAACAUUGAGAUCAUCCGAAACACGCUGUAUAAGGCGUACCUGGAGUCCUUCUACAAGUUCUGCAAGGUGCUGGGGGGUACUACAGCAGAUGCUAUGUGCCCAAUCCUGGAGUUUGAAGCUGAUCGGAGGGCCUUCAUUAUCACCAUUAACUCAUUUGGUACUGAGCUCUCCAAGGAGGACCGAGCAAAGCUGUUCCCUCAUUGCGGCAAGCUCUACCCUGAGGGCCUGGCUCAGCUGGCCAGAGCAGAUGACUACGAACAAGUCAAAAAUGUUGCUGACUACUACCCUGAGUACAAGCUGCUAUUUGAAGGUGCUGGCAGCAACCCUGGAGACAAGACCCUUGAAGACAGGUUCUUUGAACAUGAGGUGAAGCUGAACAAGCUUGCUUUCCUCAACCAGUUCCAUUUUGGAGUCUUCUAUGCCUUCGUGAAGCUGAAGGAGCAGGAGUGCCGUAACAUUGUGUGGAUUGCAGAGUGCAUCGCCCAGCGGCACAGGACCAAGAUUGACAACUACAUUCCUAUCUUCUAACCCUGCCCUGUUCCCAUAUGACCCUCCUGCCCCUGGAGUCCAGAGGGACCCUUGUCCAUCUUCUACCUGCUCCCCGAGUUAUCCCUUGCCCAGGCUCCAGGGAUGUCUCAUCUGUGGAACCGGCUCAGAUGGGAAACUGUACAGUUACUAGUUAAAUUAUUCACAAGCUGAAGUUGUUUGAGUUGUGUGUGCUGUGAGGGGUCCAGAGGGACCAGUGGCACAGGCUUGGCCCUGUGCAGCUGUGUAUCAGGAGGGUUCCCAUUGUGUAACUAGUAGUACCUGUGUCACUGUACUAAUCUGCUGAAUGCGCUUAUGCUCACAGAGCAAGCACCAGCCAGCGGUUGCUGCCUCCACGUGGUUCCCACUGCAGGAGGAUGCAUCAGGUCUGCAAUGUCCAAAUCUCCUCUCUGUCAGUGCUCUGAGAAUGCCUCCUAGUCAGUGUUGUCCCCAUGAGGCUUAGUCUGAGUGUGAUUUAUAGUAUAGCCAAUGCUGCUGUGUAAUCCCUGCAUCCCCCUGUAGCAAACCCUGUCAUGGGAGAAGCUGACCAGCCCUGGCUGGGACUGGGACAGCACCUAUGGGAAGGCAAGGGCAGAGUCAAAGCAGAGCACAUGCAGUGUGCUCCUUUCCCCCUCCAGCAGCAUUUGCACUAGUGCAGCCCCCGCUAUGUCCUCAGAAGCAGCUCUGGCUAGUCUUCCUCCUGCCCUGAAGCUUGGAGGGGAUCCACAGCCUGUCUGGGCUCCUUCCUCCCCCACGUGCCCCUGGCUUGGAGCUUACCUGCAGUCCCCAGGUGUGUCUGUCACAACCAUGCAUGAGUCAAGGUUGCUGCUGUGUUAUGAUGGAGCCUCUGCACUGGCCUAGGGCAGGUGUCCAGGCUGGUGCAGUCCUCCCACCCCACAUGGGGCGUCCGGGCUGGCACUGUCACUUAGGCAUAUGGGCCAGCCUGGCUGUUCUGCCGAGCAGCCCUUGGGAUCUGGCUCCACUUGGUCGCUGUGGUUAGUGCAGAAGGCAUGUUGGCAGAGGUGUCUCCUGUCCUGUCCAGGCCCUGCCCCUUCAUGGUUUGUGUUUAGGAGGUGGGAUCCAAGCCAGAGCCAUGGUGCGACAGCCCAGCUCCCUUCCUGAUGUGUGACAUGGCUGGCUCCCACUUGUGCUCGAGGUUAUUUGGUCCUGCUGGGAGAUGCCCUGUGUUGGUGUGGCAGUGAAGAAGCUUCACUGGUGGGAAACGUGUGCUCUGUGCUGCCACUGGGAAGGAUUGAUGAGUAAGAGCAGCCCUGUCCCAGCCUGUGCUGUGGUAACUUCUGCAGUGUUUGUUAUCUGGCCAUCCUCCCUUCCUUUUUGCACCAAUAAAUAUCUGCCUACUGCA